UGGCUGAUGGGAGAACCUUUGAACAAUCCAACUUUGGAUCAGAAUUUGGGCCAGCUGAUGAUAGAAUGUCUUCGAACAUUACCGAAGGAAAAAAUUCGGAACGAACCUAGUGAAUUAACGUUGAUCACAAAUUACCUCGACUAUAUCAUGAAGCAGAUAUUGCAUGAUCCGGAUGCACAUAUAGUUGAGUGGCCGAACACGGGUCUUCAUGAAAGCAAGGCGAGAAAGCCAAAGGGGCGGGCGAAACAACCUGACUUCUCUGUGUCUAUUAUCGACCAGCUACAGAAGAGUGGUGUCCUUUUCGUUGGCGAAGUCAGUCCGCCUUCAGAAAUAAAAGACGUGUACAAGAAUUGCAAUGAUUUGAUUCGGAUCGGCAUUUUUAUGAAAGAUUGUCUCGACUCCACCAUUGAGAAGGGUGCAGACUUGACAGUUCUAGAUUUCAAUGUAUCGGUAAGUUACACUAUUGAUUUUUAUACGAUGAAUCUUGUCAGUGAAGGAAUCUAUGUCAUGAAUAACAUUGGUCGAGUGAGAAUUCCUGCAUCAUUGAAAGAUCUAUCGGCCUUCGUUGAUGAUAUGGAAACUCUUCUAGCAGUUCGAGAAAUAUUUCAGUGUUCAGAAACCU